AUGGAAGCGACCAAACCGCCAUCAUCGCCACGUUACUUCGCAAUGUUGCUGCUUGUCUCCUGUGUCGCCGGCCAACACGCGGACUGUGGGGGCCCAGGUAACAUCACGGAGUUAAUGGCCAGACUGAACAGUCUAAAUCCUGGCACGUUCGUCCAGUACGACCCGCAAGGACAUCUUGAUGGUGUGACCAGGUCGGUCAAUACUACUACUACUAUUCACUCAUACCCCGACUGCCCUACGUCUGUAGGAGAUCCAUCAGCUGCUGUCAACGACAGGGCGUUGUGUCCAUGGCAGAACAGAGAGGUGCACUAUCUAGGUCAGUACCCCCCGUCGCUGGUAGAGGCAAGAUGCUUGUGUCAAAGGUGUGUGGAGAACAGGGGUUUCAGCUGUGAACCCGUCACGUCCGCCACCUGGGUCCUGCAGCAGACUGGGGAAUGUAGAUCAGGUGCCCGGAUGUACCGAGCGAUUCAGAGGAAUAUCACAGUGGGAUGUACCUGUGUCAAUCCAGUCACCAAUGGACGGACAUAA